CCGGUUCAUAAUAGAGCGCCGGGGAAUGGGAGCAUGUGACAGAAGGGGGCUAGAUCGCUAAAGCGGAUUGGCUGAGGCGGAGGGUACACGGUGUAUUGGGACAUGCGCAGUGGAUAGUGGCGCUGGUGGAAUGGUGUGAGAUGUUCGGAGUGGUGUGGGGAGCCCGGGCUGUGUAGGAGAAGAAGUUUCAGAAGAUUUUGGGAUGGUUUGAAACUACAUAUAAACACAAAAAGAUUUUUCUUUCUGAGCUUGGAGAGAGGUGCAAGGAAGAAGAUGGAUCAGAAUAACAGUAUAUCGACUUUCCAGGGUCUGGCCUCCCCACAGGGAGCCAUGACUCCAGGGAUUCCCAUCUUUAGCCCGAUGAUGCCCUAUGGCACUGGCUUGACGCCCCAGCCUGUACAAACUGCAAAUAGUUUAUCGAUUCUGGAAGAACAACAAAGACAACAGCAGCAGCAACAGGCCCAGCAGUCCACAUCCCAACAGGUUGCUCAGGGGCCAGGACAGACCCCACAACUUUUCCACUCACAGACUCUAACAACAGCGCCACUUCCAGGCAAUACACCGCUGUAUACAUCCCCCAUGACUCCAAUGACUCCUAUUACCCCAGCCACUCCUGCUUCAGAAAGUUCGGGCAUUGUUCCUCAGUUGCAAAAUAUAGUAUCCACCGUCAAUCUUGGCUGCAAAUUAGAUCUGAAAACCAUUGCACUUAGAGCGCGAAAUGCUGAGUAUAAUCCAAAGCGUUUUGCUGCUGUUAUUAUGAGAAUAAGAGAGCCACGUACAACAGCACUUAUAUUCAGUUCUGGAAAAAUGGUCUGCACAGGAGCUAAAAGUGAAGAGCAGUCGCGCUUGGCGGCCAGAAAGUAUGCGCGAGUUGUGCAGAAGUUGGGAUUUCCAGCAAAGUUUCUGGAUUUUAAAAUCCAAAAUAUGGUAGGGAGCUGUGAUGUGAAGUUCCCAAUCAGAUUAGAAGGCUUGGUCCUUACACAUCAACAGUUUAGCAGUUAUGAGCCAGAGUUAUUUCCUGGCCUUAUUUACAGAAUGAUCAAGCCAAGAAUCGUUCUCCUGAUAUUUGUUUCUGGGAAAGUUGUAUUGACGGGCGCUAAAGUUCGAGCCGAGAUCUAUGAAGCAUUUGAGAACAUAUACCCAAUUCUGAAAGGCUUUCGGAAAACCACAUAACAGUUGGCGUUUGCCGUUUUUACUUUUCUGUAUAUGUGUUAUAUAUUAUGGAGACCUUUUUAACACGGCGCACCGUUAAGAAAUGGACUUGGGUUACAUAUGGUGUUCCACUGACGUUGCUAUGAUCCGACGACAUCUUACAUCGCCACAUAUUUUAUUUGCCAAAUGUUUCUAAUUUUAAAGCAGUUUUUAUGUGGAGGAUUUUGACUUUUAAAAACAAAAAAAUGGUUCUGUUCUUUUUAUUCCAUGUAGUUCAGAAUUUAUACACCAUCUUCAGUGCGACUGUUCGGACCAUGAUGUCUAACUGAACAAGAAGUAUUUCUUGGAGACCGUGCACUUCAAGUGUAACAUUGGGAUCCAAACCUGGUUUUGUAAAUAUCACCUAAACAUGAACUCUGUAUUAAUCCUCCCUGAAGGGUACAUUUUUUGGCACUGUUUCACUUUUAAUAAACAGAUUUUAGUCCAAAGUUAAUUUAUGACCAUCUAAUCUUAUGUUGAUAGUAGCAAGAAAUUUUAAUUUAACUGUUGUUUAGGUCAUAAUCUGUAUAUAUUUCUUCCUCGUUUUUCAACUGUCCCAUAUUAAACAGAACCGUUUUUUAUGCUAUGCGUCGUUCCCAAUAGGCUUUGUUUUUUUUAUAAGGUAAUUGCAAUAAUAAUCAUGUGCCAGAAACAUUCCUGGAUUCCAGUGUUCAGCUUGGUAAAAUAAAUUUUGUCAACUUAU